CUGCUUUAUCGGGCCUAUUCCGCACAUAUAGAACAACGGCACUAUGGGGCUUGUGAAAGAUUUAGUUCGAGAGAUUGAUCGGGUUGUGUUGCCUAAGCACCGAUAUACACGGACCCAGUUGAACCAAGGUCCGCCACAACCGAAGCCUCAACCAAUUGGCUUCGUAGGUGAUCAACAAAUAAACUUUGUCCCAUAUGAUUCUAGGAGUGCAUGCACACUCAGCGAUGAAGAUAUCGGUAGCUUAACGCCGACUCCUCGUACACCGACUUCUAAACAACGUUUCACCUAUAAUGGAUUGCCCAAAGAAUCGACUGUGGAGCAUGUUGUUCAUCGUCCACAACAUAACAGUAGUAAUAAUAUGGCAUCACAUGCACGCACAGUACCGAGUAAGGUACGAACGCAGCCUGCGGCAGCUCCCAUAGGUAUUGAUAAGGCAAAGAAGACCGCCAUGGGGUCACCACGGUUAGUACGUAAAUCAAUCAAGGUAAAGGUUAUGAAGAAAAGCAAUCAAAUUGUGAACGAGCCCGAAAGUCAAAGGCACGAUGCGAAUGAUAUAUUAGGCCCGAACAAUAGAGUUUCUAGUACACACGGUAGGGUGCGUGAUAGGAGUGCCAUUAGUCGUGAGGCUCUACAAGACGGGUAUGAUGCAAGAUCAAUUCAAAGCAAUGAUUCGUUUGAAAGCAGGGAUUCGACCAUGUCUGCACGAAGGGAAUCAUUGGGGAAGGGUAGACCACAAAAUCAACAUUAUUUGAACAAUAGAACAGUUAUAGAUAGUAAUGAUAAAAACGAUUCAUCAAAUCAUAUGCGAGCCCCCACACCCCCUCAUAAACGUGUCGUGCGCGUGCUUACUAAACGCGCUGCAACAAGCCCCGGUAGUAUAGGUGCUUCGGAGCAAACGUCACCGAAGAAAGCGGGUGGAAAUAUUGGGGUUACGGAUGGUAAUAGUAUAAAUGUGGAAUGCAGCGACGGAGUGUGUGGAUGUCAGCCGACCUAUGGUGUUCACAGGUGUUUGACUCCUCCAUCGUAUUCUGACGCGCUAUUAGAUGAACACGUGACACAUGCCACCCAUAGCGGGACGGCUAAGACAAAGGUGCGAAGGUCCAGUAAAUCACACUUGCAUACCCAGACAAUUCCAAAGAGUGUCAUAAAGACGCCCAAACCCCGAUUGACAUGGAACGAAAGUACCUACAUAUAUAAUACCUAUGGAGGGCUUGGUAACAGGCAGGGUCUCGAUAGUUAUGAAGACUUCAGCACAAUGGAUGUCUACGAUAGAAGGCCGUUCCCCUGUACUUAUACGAGUGCCUUGAGCGCUGAAGAUGUGGACAACAUCAAAGUGGAAGUAGGAGAGCUACACAGAGAGCUGUUUGGGUUCUACCCUGAGUACUGAGUCAGAUAAAUAAAUUAUAAAGCUUGGACCCCAAGCCAUAC